AUGACUGUUUCUGAUCAUCCAGAGACAGAACCUAAGUGGUGGAAAGAAUCUACCAUUUAUCAAAUAUACCCAGCAAGCUUUAAAGAUUCUAACAACGACGGAUGGGGUGACUUGAAAGGUAUCACUUCUGAAUUGGGAUACAUUAAAAAUCUUGGUGUUGAUGCCAUUUGGGUCUGUCCCUUCUACGAUUCCCCACAGCAAGAUAUGGGGUAUGACAUAUCCGACUAUGAGAAAGUCUGGCCAACAUACGGCACGAACGAGGAUUGUUUUGAGCUGAUUGAAAAGACCCAUAAACUGGGCAUGAAAUUCAUCACUGACUUGGUUAUAAAUCAUUGUUCUACAGAACACGAAUGGUUUAAGGAGAGUAGAUCUUCGAAAACUAACCCAAAGCGUGACUGGUUCUUCUGGAGACCACCGAAAGGUUACGAUGAAAAUGGUAAGCCGAUUCCACCGAAUAAUUGGGCGUCCAUCUUCGGCGGUUCAGCAUGGACUUUUGAUGAAACUACAAAUGAAUUUUAUCUACGUUUAUUCGCAAGUCGUCAGGCCGACUUGAAUUGGGAAAAUGUAGAUUGCAGAAAGGCAAUUUAUGAGAGUGCUCUAGGAUAUUGGUUAGACCACGGUGUGGACGGUUUUAGGAUUGACACUGCCGGUUUAUAUUCAAAGCGUCCUGGCUUACCGGAUUCUCCAAUUUUUGACGAAAGCUCAGAGUUCCAGCAUCCAAAUUGGGGAUCUCACAAUGGUCCUAGGAUCCAUGAAUUUCAUCAAGAAUUGCACAGGUACAUAAAGGAUCGAGUCAAAGAUGGUAGGGAAAUAAUGACAGUGGGUGAAGUCGCACAUGGAAGUGAUAAUGCUUUAUAUACCAGUGCAGCCAGGUAUGAAAUAAGUGAACUUUUUUCUUUCGCGCACGUUGAUCUUGGUGCCAAACCAUUCUUCCGCUACAAUAAAGCUCCAUUUUCCUUGAAACAAUGGAAGGAAGCUAUCGCGUCAAAUUUCUUAUUUAUUAAUGGUACAGAUAGUUGGGCUACUACCUACAUUGAGAAUCACGAUCAACCUCGUUCAAUUACGAGAUUUGGUGAUGAUUCACCAAAAUACCGUGCUUUGUCUGGAAAACUAUUGGCAUUAUUGGAAUGCUCAUUGACGGGCACGCUGUACGUCUAUCAAGGCCAGGAACUAGGGCAGAUCAAUUUCAAAGGCUGGCCUAUAGAGAAGUACGAGGACGUUGACAUCAAGACCAACUACGAAAUCAUCAAGGAGAAAUUCGGUGAGGAUUCAAAGAAUAUGAAAGAGUAUUAUGAUGGAAUUGCUUUAUUAUCUAGAGAUCAUGCAAGAACUCCUAUGCCAUGGUCCAAAGAGGAGCCAAAUGCCGGUUUCACCGAUCAAAAUGUUAAGCCUUGGUACUUCUUAAAUGAAUCAUUCAAACAGGGAAUUAACGUUGAGGAAGAAUCCAUAGAUAAUGCUUCAGUUCUUAACUUCUGGAAGAGAGCCUUGCAGGCCAGGAAGAAAAAUAAAGAACUUAUGGUUUACGGCUACGAUUUUGAAUUUGUUGACUUAGAGAACGACAAAAUCUUCAGCUUUACCAAGGAGUACGAGGAUAAGACGUUGUUUGCCGCUUUGAACUUCAGUGGUGAAGAAAUAAAAUUUGAGAUGCCAAAAGAAGGUGCUUCUUUAUCUUUUGUUCUCGGAAAUUACGAUAAUGCCGAUGCUUCCUCAAGAGUUUUGAAACCUUGGGAAGGUAGAAUCUAUCAUGUCAGAUAA